AUGCAAUCAACGGUGCAGCAUGGUGGGAACAAGAGUGGCAAGUCCACCACCAAUGUAUGGGCUAACAACACUAAUCUAAUAAAGACAAUGGCAGCUUUAGAUGAGUUCAAAUCUGGGUUUCCCUCAAAGGGUUUAGCAACCGUGUCAAACAAAUGGUGGGGAAGGUCUGGAACAGGCGGACGAGUUGAAGAUGCUGGACUAGAGAGUGCUGAAGAUGGAGGAGAUGUCAAGGAGGAAGAAGCAGCUUCUGAGAAUCAGAGUUCUUUGCUAGCUAUUAGGAAAAGAAUAGCUGAAGAAGGAAGAGAAGCUCUUGAGGUUGGUGUCAGUCAAGGGUUUGGUUCUAAAAGAAUAGACAAGAGAGAUCAGCAUCUUUUGUCUCAGAUCUUUAAGUCUUCAUUGCCAAAGGAAUGGGUUAAUGAUUCUUCCUGA